AUGACAACCAAUCGAUAUUAAUUGCUUAUUUUUGAUGAGGAAUUCAUGCAGUUUUAUAUUUCAAUAAUUUAGGAAUCCUAUUCUUGAUGAGUCCUCUCUUGAACAUCUUAUGACUAUUUGCAUUCAGCAAUCUAUUACUAAUCAAAACAAGAAACCAUUUUAUUAGAAACAAACCUUUACUAAAGAUGAAGACAAAGAUAUCCUAAAGUAUGUAUUAGAAUAUGGACCAAAUUUUAAUAAGAUUGUAAAAUAUUUUCCUGGCAAAACUAUGAAUAUGAUUAAGAAUCGUUAUUAUAAGAAACUUCGUUAUCUAAAAUAGGAAUUAAAUAUAGAUAAUCAUUUAGAGUCCAUAAGCAACAAUUCAAAAAUUACAAAAAAACAUUGA